AAAAUAAUUGUUUAAAUCUGAAAGAUGGAUAAUAUAUAUAAGUUCAAGGCGAGCUCUUCAGUAGGACAUCUGAAGAAUUUGAAUAAUGAUAAAUAGUUUUAUUCAGAAGAGGAAAGUAGUAAAAAAGAGGAAGAGGAGAAACAGUUAAAAAAAGUGAGCAAACCACCUAGUAAGAUGUCUCAAUUUAGUAAAAAUGCUACAGGUUAUUAAACUGAUGAUUCUGAUAAAGAGACGCCUCGAAAUAAUAAAAUAGGACCAUCAAGUAAGAAAAUAAUGAAAAAUGUGUUAGAUUAGAAAGUGUCAAAAUUUCGUAAUCUUGUGAAUGCAAAAAAGAUUGAAGGUGACAAUGACGAUCCAAAUUAUGAUGAUGAUGAUGAUAAGCCAACAACAAUAUAAUAGUAAAUACAAUAAUAACAUGUAUAAUAAUAAAAUGAAGAUCAAUAUGAUAUAGAACAGUAAGCAAAAUAGAUGUAGUAAAAAUAUGCAAAAGUAGGAGAGCAUUAAAAGUAAACAAAGAUGAAGUAAAUAAUAUAAAUGAAGUUUUGAAUAGACACUCAAAUACAUAACAAUAAGGAAUGGAUGUGAAUUCCGAUGUAGAGUAGAUGAAAAACAAAUAAUAGCAAGAAGGGAAAUUGAAGAAUCAUCCAUUUAGACAUUUGAUAUAUGGACCAAGUAUUGGUGAGAAUUCGUUUAAUAAAUUUUUAUAACUCACAUAAAGAGGUUUAGUAUAUGCUAAGAAAUGUUUAAAAGGACCUUCUGAUAAAUUUAUAAAGUCAAAAAUGGUAUAAUUGCCAGAAUGUGUAUAAGUUAAGGCAAAGACAUUAUUAUUAGAUUUAGAUGAAACUUUGAUUCAUAGUUGUUCUUAAAGAGAAAAUCCAUAAGUAACAGUUACAGCAUUUGGAGAUUAUGGUGAGGAAGCGAAAGUAAUAUUAAUUGAGAAAUUAGAUCCAUUUCAAUGUUAGACCAUUUUGUGCAUGGUUUUUAUAAUAGAUGAGUCAAUUAUAUACAAUCUAUGUAUUUACUGCAUCUUCAUCUGCAUAUGCAAAUGCUAUAGUAAAUUAUCUAGAUCCAAAAAGAUAAUGGAUUUUAGGAAUAUUAUCUCGUGGUAAUUGUAUGGAAACUAAGAAUGGAUUUUUUAUUAAGGAUUUAAGAAUUGUAGGAAAUAAAUAAAUUAAAGAUAUGGUUAUAGUAGAUAAUUUAGCUCAUUCAUUUGGAUUUUAAAUUGAUAAUGGUAUUCCUAUAUUAGAAUGGCAUAAUGAUUAAAAUGAUUAAGAACUUAAAUAUUUAGCAACUUAUUUGAUGGAAGCUGCUGAAUAAGAGGAUAUUAGAAUAUUUAAUACAUAGAGAUUAAAAUUAGAUCAACUUAUAGAAUAUAGUUUAGAAUGA